GACUGUGGUUCAGGGCAACAAACAGCAGCGUACGCCGCCGGUGACAUCAAUGGUGGAGUACGCGUCCAUUCAGGGAAAGGUCUGAGAGAGACCACUACUGGGGCUUACAUGGAGAGCUGAAACUGAAUAUGAGGUUAACGUCCUUAAUGAUGUACAUAUCUCCGGUUCUGCUAUUUAUUUUGUAUGUAUAUAUCGGAUUUUCCGAAGCUGCACCUCGCAUCAGUCCCUACGAUGCGUCGCCUAUCUCCAGGAAGCCCGGCUCAGCCUCCGACACCUGGGAGACCUUCCACACCGACAUGCCUCGUACUUUACCCGAGAGCAGGUUCGCUCUCGGGCCUCUAACCGGACUCACACCGUCGCCUGCUAUUGUUUCUGUCGGGCCGACCACCACUAGCUCUAUUUCUAAAACGGCAACCACCUUCCAGCCUCCAACAACGGACCCGACCACCACCACUACGUCUACUACUACAGCCCCUGAUAUUGGAAUCAUUUCAGCCACUAAAGAACAAAUAACAGCGCCGAUUUCCAGAUUAAACGGCGCACGCAAAAGAUCCACCGAUGUACAAACAUCACUUUUUGCUCCGGAGAAAAUGCUGCAGACCAUGGUGUCCAUGGUUUCCCAGCGCACAGCAAACGAUGCCUGGGCAGCAGAUAAUAUUGGCACAUCUGUUACCUCAAUAGAGAAUAGUCAAGAGGGUCUCUGUAACUGCAGCAGUGGCGCUGAGGGGAUUUUGGACCCGGAUGAGUGUGAGCCGAGCACCGGUCAGUGUUCGUGUGUGUCGGGCUACGCCGGUCUGCAGUGUGAGGACUGUGAGGAGGGACACUUCACCAACGGCACCAGCGGCUGCCUGCCCUGCGCCUGUGACUCCUUCGGUGCAGUGAACCACCUCUGUGACAGCUCAGGGAUAUGUAAGUGCAAGACGGGAGUGUAUGGACCAAAGUGUGAUGAAUGCCACCCAGGCUUCUUCCACUUCAGCAGCACUGGCUGCCGGCCCUGCCAGUGUCAGAACCACACCAACUACUGCCAUCCACAGUCCGGAGUGUGUCUGAACUGUGAGGGCAACACCCAGGGGUCCAACUGUGAGGAGUGUAAGCCUGGUUUCUACCGCCUGGCUGGAAGUGCCCUGACCCAAGCCUGUGCACCGUGUCCCUGCUCCAACACCAGCUCCAACACCACCUGUCACACCGAUCCCAGUGGCUCCCCAGUGUGUGACCAGUGCCUCCCCCGGUACAGCGGCCCGCAGUGUGACAAGUGUAGCGCCGGCUUCUACAAAGCAUCAGGGGUUUGUGCUCCAUGUGACUGCAGUGGGAACGCAGACCCUCAGGACCCCGGCCAGCUCUGUCACCCCGACACCGGCCACUGCCUCCACUGCAUCAACAACACCGCCGGGCCCCAGUGCCAGCUCUGUGCUCGGGGCUUCAUAGGGGAUGCCCGAGCACACAACUGCACCCGUCCGACAACCCGGCUUUUCCCCAUACCAGCAGAUACAACUACGACAAAGGCCCCCGCAUCGAGCACAUCUUCCCCCUCCACGACCACGACCACCAGCACCAGCACCCCUCUGACCUCCGCCACGGCUUCCACGUCCGGCGGCAACACAAGCACGGCGCUCAGCACCGCCGCCACCACACAGGCGUUGUUGACCAGCCUGCGCAGCCCCACCGACAACACCACCGCGGCGCUGACCGAAGUGUCCUGGACGCAGUUCAACAUCAUCAUCCUGGCCGUCAUCAUCCUGGUGGUGCUGCUGCUGCUGGGCUUCGUCGGAGGCGUGUACACCUACCGGGAGUACCAGAACCGCAAGCUCAACGCGCCCUUCUGGACCAUUGAACUGAAAGAGGACAACAUCAGCUUCAGCAGCUACCACGACAGCAUCCCCAACGCGGACGUUUCAGGCUUGCUGGAGGACGAGGCCAACGAGGUGGCGCCUAACGGCCAGCUGGCACUCACCACGCAGGGCAACUGCUACAAGGCUUAGCGUUCCACCCAUGCCCAAACUGGACACCUAGAUUUACAGAUGACACAAAGCUGCUGGAAGAAGAAAAAAAAAAA